UUCAUCCUCUACUCAUCAUUUUGCAUACUAUCCUAUAUAUAUGAAAGGAAAAUAUAAAAACUGUACGUCUUAAGUUGCUCCUUAAUCAUCAAUUCAUAGCUACCAUUCUGUUUGUUCGUCAAUUCAUUUUGUUACUCUUCAUUUUUACCUGAAACCAUCUAUAAAAUAAUAUUCCCUUCAAACUACACGUUGAUAUGUACGUACGUCUUCAGUUUAGUUAAGUUGUCCUCUCAUUCUUAACAAAUAAACAUAUGGUUUCCUGUUAAUAAGUCCUACUUUUAUUAUUCUCAAGUAAUUUUAUAUCCCAACUAAGGAAAAAAAAAAGAAGCAGAAAUAGUGAUGGCAGAAGCGGUUGCUGGUAUUGCACUUGAGAAAGCAACAGACUCGUUGUUUGGUUUGGCUAAAAAGAAGAUUGGUUACAUGUGGAAUUGCAAAGAAAAUGUUAAAAAAUUCAGGGAUGAAGUUGAAAGCCUCAAAGUUAUGCAGAGUCAGGUUCAACAACAGAUUGUUAUUGCCAAAGAUAAAGGUGAUAAUCUCAUUGUAGGUGUGGAAGAGUGGUUAAACAAGGCAGGUGAGGAAAUAUCCAAGGCAGAAGUGUUUCUGGGAAAAUUUCUUGAUGCCAAGAAGACAUGCUUCAAAAUAGGAAUGUGUGGUAAUUGGGCCACCCUUUAUCAUUACGGUAAGGGAGCAACCGAGAUGAUGACUCCUCUUAACGAGCACAAAGAAAGUGGCACAAAUUUUGUCACUCGGGUCUCUGUUGAAACUCCUCCACCCACGCAACUAGACGUUUACCAAACAAAGAAUCCUGAAGAUCUGGUUACUCACAAUUCAGCUCUAAAUGAUAUCAUUUCUGCUCUUGAAGAUGAAAGCAAACAAAUCAUUGGAAUCUAUGGGUUAGGUGGUGUCGGAAAAACCACACUUGCUAUGGAAGCUGCUGCAAGAGUAAAAAAGACUAAUCGGUUUGCUGAUGUUGCUGUUACAACUAUCUCUCAAACAGUAAAUGCUAAUACGAUAAAAAAGGAUCUUGAAAAAGCAAGAAAGCGAGUAAUGAAAGGGGACAAGAUUCUAAUCAUAUUAGAUGAUGUGUGGGAGAAACUGAAUCUAGAAGAAUUAUGCAUUCCAAUUGACCACACGAAUUGCAGAAUUUUACUAACGUCUAGAAAUGAAGACGUGUGCGAGAAGAUGAAUUCUCAAAGUAAUAUUUAUGUAGACUCUUUGCCAACAGAAGAAGCUUGGAUUCUUUUCAAACGUGUGGUUGGUGAAAGGGUGGAGACUGAUACCAAGUUGAAACCAGUUGCAAUGAAGGUUGUGAAAGAGUGUGGUGGAUUGCCACUCCUCAUUCAAGCUGUGGGGAAUGCUUUGAAAAACAAAAGCAUCAGCUCAUGGGAUUCAGCUCUUAGUCGGCUAAAGAAAGCAGUUGCUCCAUCGGAAAUUGAUCCUGAUAUACGGAAAGCAUAUACUCGUUUGCAGCUAAGCUAUGACUACCUUGAAAGUGAGGAAGCCAAGUCGUGCUUCUUGCUUUGUAGCAUGUUCCCUGAAGACUGGAAUAUUUUAUUGGAAGACUUGGUAUAUUAUUGUGUGGGUUUACAAAAAUUUGAUGACCUAGAUAGCAUAGAAGAUGCAAGAGGCAGGGUUCAAAAUGCAGUGAAUACCCUCACUUCUUCCGGAUUGUUAUUGAAAAGCUAUACUAACGCACGUACCAUAAUGCAUGAUGUUGUUCGUGACGUGGCACGGUUGAUUGCCUCUCAGGGCGAGAACAAAUUUCUGGUGAAAGCUCAACAACCUUUAAGAGAAUGGCUGCCAUCAAAAAACGACGUAGAAAGCUACAAGGUAAUUUCACUCAUGGAAAAUGACAUCAACAAGCUUCCUGAUUAUGAGGUUGACUUAGAAAACCUUCAGUUAUUCAUUUUAACUGACAAUCAUGAUUUGUCGAUGAUUAAUGAUGAAUUCAUUCGGUGCAUGAUAAAUGUAAAGGUUUUAGAUAUCUCGAGGAAUAACCUCUUAUCCUUGCCAAGCUCAUUUCAAAGGCUAAAAAAACUCCGCACGCUCGAUCUUCGUGGAAAUAAAUCUCUCCAUGAAAUUUCGAUACUUGGCGAGGUAAAGGACCUUGAGAUUCUAAUUCUAAAUGAAACUGGAAUCACUGAAAUUCCUGAAGAGAUUGGACAAUUAGUAAAAUUGAGGGUGUUUCAAGUUAAGGAUUGUACGGAUUUAGCUCGCAUAGCAAAGGGUGUUAUAUCAGCGUUGUCGAGAAUGGAAGAGUUAUCCAUUGACCUUAGAAGAAUGAGUGAGGGAGUUAAGGAUUGUACUGCCGAGGUUAUGAAGUUGUUGAAGCUCACAUAUUUGGAUAUAAAGGUGAAAAGUUUAGACCUUAUUAUUGAAGGUUUCAAUUUAGAAAAUCUAAAAGGAUUUGUGAUUCAAACCGGAAACUCUAAUCCUGAUAUAGAGAUCAAGAGGUCAGAUUGUUGUCUUAUUAUAAGUGAACAUCUUCUAAUUCCAUUCAUGAAGUGGUUGAAGAAAUUGAUUGAGGGGAGUCAUCCUAAUACAAUUCUAUCUGAAAUCGAAAACUUGAAUAAUAUGAUGCCGACCCUGUAUGAUGAAGGUUUCAGCAAUUUAGAACAUAUUGAGUUACAUGAUUGUCCAAAUAUGUCAUGUUUAGUGGAUGAUGAUACAGCUAAAAUCAAAACACAUGAAAAGUUUUUCAAGGAACUUAAAAACCUUAGAUUAAAAGGUCUAAACAAAUUGGAGAUGCUAUGGAAAUGUCCAGAUGAAUAUAUAUGUCUUACAAACCUAGUGUCGCUUUGUAUAGAAGGUUGUGAUAAGUUAGAAAGAGUAUUCACAGUGAAUGUAGCACAAUGCCUUGUCCAUCUCAAGAUUUUGUUUAUCGAUGGUUGUGAAGGUUUGAAGGAAAUAAUCUGGGGCGGUGGAGGUGGCGAUGAUGGAUUUGGAAAUAUUAUCGUGUUCCCUUCCCUUGCCGAGAUAUACCUUUUCAAUUUAAGGAAACUCGCGAGCUUCUACUCAGGUGGGAGUGUGAAUUGUAGUAUCAAAUAUCCAUCUUUGGUGGCUAUUCAAUCUAAUUGUGAAAGCAUGAAGAUAUGGGGACCUGGAAUCCAUGAAAUACCCAAGCUUGAUAUAGACAUCAAUGAUGCUGUGGCAAAAAUGCACGAGAGUUUGACAGAGAAAGGCUUUGAACAACAAAAUGAACCCGAAGAAAAUGAUAAAUAGAUGAAGACAAGAAUGAUAAUGAAAAGUGAACCAGAAUGAAUAUGAUGUACAAAUUUUCCAGUCUUAUGGUUGAUUCUUUAUCGGGAAAAUGAAAGUGUGUUUGAACCAUGUUAAUUACAUGAUUAUUCUGUUUUGUUUUUUUUUUAUAUAUAAUUAUAGUACUUCUUAAGCUUGUUUAGUCAGGAUUAUGGAUCUUUAUGUAACAUUUGCCAGUUUGUUCUGUUGACUUUUGUAAUUUUUAAUUGUUAAAAUUGUGCAAACUUGUGUUUUAUUAGUAAA